CCCCUGAUGCGCCCUGCUACAUGCCUACUGUAGUACCGUAGUACUCCAGACUCCAGGGCUAUGUAUUGUACAAGUACAAUACAGGACACCCCCUUGCUACCCAAGUUGACAUCACCCUAGCAGUGCAACGUACUUGUAUUGUACAAUACAUAGUACCUAACUAGGGUAAAUUGCAAAAGCAAGGAUCUGGAACUUCUAUUUUCAAGCCAUCUUUCUCCAACUACAUCUCCGCUCUUGCACGUUUUCCACAUAUACAACCAUAUACAAUACGCAUAACACGCGUACGCAACAAGAUUUUUAUUUUAUUGUAAAUCGUCAUUGCAUGCAUCUACUGCCCAACAUUCUCGUGUUCUCAAACGCAUUUCAUACCCGGUACCAGGAAGCUUAGCCGGCAUCUUCAUUGUGCGGCCCGAGUAUUGUUUCCCUAUUCCCGUUCGUUUACCAGGGGUCCCAGUCCGCCGUUCUGGUGGGACACGUUCGAGAGCCUCACACCUACAGGACGCCACAUUUCAUCACAGGUACUCAGCUUAGGAACGUAUGUAGUCCGAUCGAAAGCUACCGAUCGCCGACCUCAAUACGCCUUUUUGGUAUUCUCAUUUUCCACAGACCAGUGACACAAAAUUCAGGUGAGCAAUGGCGGAUAUCCCAUUGCAAGUCAUAUCCGAGAAUUCGGUUUCGGAGAGGAGAAUUACUCCAUCAUGGUCGAUUACCCAACUGAGAAGAAAACUUGAGCCCGUCACGGGCAUUCCCCCGUCUUCUCAGCGUAUCAGCUUAAAGACCGCUACCAAGGAGACUAUAGCUGUCGAGGCUGCCGAUGAAGACACCGUACUCCUAUCAAAUUUCCCCUUGUCUGCCUAUGCAGAGCUGCAUAUCGUCGACACUCGGCCAGCUAGCCUCAGGUUGAAUUUGAAUGAUACCUCUGGUGUCGAGAAAUAUGUCAUGCCCGCAGAGGAGUACGAGAAGAAAUCUGACUCAGUCUUGGCUUGGAAGAAGGCUGAAAAAUUAGGCCGGUUCAAUCCGGAUGCUCCCAGCUUGGAAAAAGCCAAGAUCGAUGCCUUCAAUUUCGAUGUUAAAAGCAGGGGAAUAGAGGUAGGGAAAAGGUGCAGGGUUGGUGGCAAUGAUGCUCGCAGGGGAGAAAUCAAGUACGUCGGUGAAGUCAAGGAGAUCCCUGGCUCUAUAGGUGCUUGGGUUGGGGUACAUCUUGACGAACCGGUGGGAAAGAAUGAUGGUAGUAUUGGAAGUACUAGAUACUGGGGCACCGAAUCAGCGCUCAAACACGGUGUCUUUGUCAGACCAGAAAGGGUGGAGGUAGGCGAAUGGCCUAUGCUAGAUGACCUGGAAGACAUGGAAGAGAUAUGAUCUGAUCAGUCCACCAUCAAGUUUGUAUCUCAUAGAAAAUCUAAGUCAUUCUCAACCAUGGAAGGCAUCCAUGGAUGUUACUAUGAGACAAGAAAACUUACAGACUUUAGAAUACCCCUUAUAUCUUUUCAUUUACAGCACUACAUUAGUAUUUGGCCCCUAGAUGUAUCCCAGGUGCUACUGGGCACACGGCCUGC